AGUAGAGUAGGGGUACCUCUGUGGAGGAGGGCUGGGGACAGAAUUUGGAUUUUUUCAUGUCUUUAGGAUUGUGGUCAGGUCCCUGGCUGGAACUGGGGUAUCUCAAAGCAGCUCCGGUUCCCCAGUCCCUCAUCCUAGGCCGGCAGACCGGUCACCCGAAGUGCACACCAGGCAAGCGGGGAGCAGGAGGCGCUGGGUGGGUCCCCACCAGCCGGGGCGGGGUCCCGUGGGGCAGGGGCGGGGCUGGCGGCGGGCAGGGCCGCCCCUUCCAGCGAGGGCGGACUUCCUUGGCCUUUAAGCGCCCGCCCGCUGACGCUUGGCUGAGAGAGGGCCCCCAUCAGUCCCCACACCAUGCCCUUUUUGCGCUCCCGGCCAGAGUGCGCCUGAGCCGUCCGGGCCUCGGUGUCCCCACGGGUCUUGCGCCGCCGGCUCUCCGUGAUGCAGGCGUGCGCGCUGCUCCCCGCCACGCUGGCCACGCUGGCCACGCUGGCUGUGUUGGCACUGGCCCGGGAGCCUCCGGCGGCGCCGUGUCCUGCACGCUGCGACGUGUCGCGCUGUCCGAGCCCUCGCUGCCCUGGGGGCUAUGUACCGGACCUCUGCAACUGCUGCCUGGUGUGCGCCGCCAGCGAGGGCGAACCCUGCGGCCGCCCCCUGGACUCGCCUUGCGGAGACAGUCUGGAGUGCGUGCGCGGCGUGUGCCGCUGCCGUUGGACACACACAGUGUGUGGCACAGACGGGCACACUUAUGCCGACGUGUGCGCGCUGCAGGCUGCCAGCCGUCGUGCAUUGCAGAUCUCCGGGACUCCGGUGCGCCAGCUGCAGAAGGGUGCCUGCCCCUCUGGUCUCCACCAGCUGACCAGUCCGCGGUACAAGUUCAACUUCAUCGCCGAUGUGGUAGAGAAGAUCGCACCAGCCGUGGUCCACAUAGAGCUUUUUCUGAGACACCCUCUGUUUGGCCGAAAUGUGCCACUGUCCAGUGGUUCGGGCUUCAUCAUGUCAGAAGCUGGGUUGAUCAUCACCAAUGCCCACGUGGUCUCCAGCUCCAGCACUGCCUCAGGCCGGCAGCAGCUGAAGGUGCAGCUGCAGAACGGGGAUGCUUAUGAGGCCACCAUCCAGGACAUCGACAAGAAGUCGGACAUUGCCACUAUUGUAAUCCACCCCAAGAAAAAGCUCCCUGUGUUGCUACUGGGUCACUCUGCAGACCUGCGGCCUGGCGAGUUUGUGGUGGCCAUCGGCAGCCCCUUUGCCCUGCAGAACACGGUGACAACGGGCAUUGUCAGCACUGCCCAACGGGAUGGCAAGGAGCUGGGCCUCCGGGACUCAGACAUGGACUAUAUCCAGACAGAUGCCAUCAUCAAUUAUGGGAACUCAGGAGGACCCCUGGUGAACCUGGAUGGUGAGGUCAUCGGCAUCAACACGCUCAAGGUUGCAGCUGGCAUCUCCUUUGCCAUUCCGUCGGAUCGCAUCACACGCUUCCUCUCUGAGUUCCAAAACAAGCAUGUGAAAGACUGGAAGAAGCGCUUCAUUGGCAUCCGGAUGCGGACCAUCACGCCAAGUCUGGUGGAGGAACUGAAGGCUGCCAACCCAGACUUUCCAGCGGUCAGCAGUGGAAUAUACGUUCAAGAGGUCGUUCCCAACUCACCUUCUCAGAGAGGAGGCAUCCAAGAUGGCGACAUCAUUGUCAAAGUCAAUGGACGUCCCCUGGUGGAUUCCAGUGAGCUGCAGGAGGCAGUCCUGAACGAGUCCUCACUCCUGCUGGAGGUGCGGCGGGGGAAUGAUGACCUGCUCUUCAGCAUCACACCUGAGGUGGUGAUGUGAGGCCACUCUCCUCCAGUGUCAUGCCAAAGCCUACAGAAGGUGGGGUUCCGGCCUUCACGAAAUCAGGACGAAGGGCUGCUGUGGUCCUCAGCAGGACCAGCAGUCUCCUCUCUGAGUCCAGUGCUGAGUCUGAGGCUGGACAUAACCGAGGGUCUGGAUCUCAGCAUUGACCCUUAAUUCCAGUUCCAGUAGAGGAAGCACAGUGUCUCUUGUACCAGAUGUUCCUGAUGUUACCGUCUGAGUUCUCUGGACCUGGAAGCUCCUAGAAACCUCCCUGGAAGUCUACCCUUCCCCCAGAUUUCCCCCUCUGCCCUUGGAAAGGCCCACCCGGCUCCCAUCCCACCUCCUCUCCCUUAUAUCCUAGUGCCAUGACCUCUCCUUGUCACAGGUACUUUCCUGACCCCACCAGGUUUCCAUCUGCUUCAGCACUUCCCCACCCCCCAUGAUAAGACAGGGGCUGCUUGCCCUGCCACCUGGUAUCCCUGGAGGGCAGGCCGUAUGGCUGACCCCUGGAGAAGCCAGGGUCCUGACCUGGAGCAGGUUAACAUCCCUCACUGCUGAGCUGAGCCCUGUGCUGGCCCAGGUGGGCAGAAAGCAGUUUCAUGAUCACGUGGUUUCCAACCCUGACAGCUCAUUCUCCCAUGGUGGCCAAAGAGGGAGCGGGCACCUGCCUGAGGUGCAAGGACUGAGCCACUUCACCUCCGAAUGCAGUUCUGGGUGCAGCAGCCAUCUCUGAAGACGGCCACCCAGCAGCCAGUAGGCUCCCAAGGGCAUCUUUGUUCUCCCUAGUGUUUCAAGUGUAUUUGUGGGCUUUGCUGUAAAGUUCCCCCCCUUCCCACGUUGCUUGUACUGUAUGUUUCUCUACUGUAUGAAAUUAAAGUUUACAAGCACAUAGCUGUCAA